AUACCCACCACUAUACUCAUUUCCCCCCCUCUCUCUCUAUAAUCUCUAAGAAUUGAGAUACACAAGAAGAAUAAACAUUAAAACCAUUCCCUUAUUUCCCUUUAAUUUCAAAUCUUUAAAAUUGUUCUUCCUAUGCUUUCAGCUCUUUUCUCCUAAGUUUUUUUUUUCUCAUCUUCUAAUCCUUAUUUUCACUUUUUAUCAUAUGGGUCAUUUCUCUUUCUGUUUUAUGAUUCUGGGUUCUUCUUAUUUACGGUUUUCUUCUUGAAAUUUAUUGCAUUUUCCUGUUUGAUCAGAUUUUGGAUGUAAUUGAUUAGAUUCUAUUAAUUCUAUCAUAAUGGAGGAGUUUCUUUUUAUGUUAGUGGAGCCCUUGGACUGUUCUUGUUCUUCUUGAUUUGUUGAUCAUUAAUGCCUUCAUAUUUAGUGACUUUUUACAGGGUUUUUGUAAAAAGUUUCUAACUUUAUGUUAAUGGGAGAAUAUUAAAUUGAGGGGUCAUUAUGAAAGCUUGUGAGGGAGUUUCAUUAAACAUGGAGAGGAGAUGGGCAUUUCCUCUUGUGAUUAGUUCAGUAUUUUGUGUAUUUUUGAUAGCAACAAUCUUUAACAUGGGUCUUCUUUCUUCAAAUCAUACUAUAAAUGCCCUUAUAUCACACUAUUCUAGGUCAUCCAUGAACCAAACUAAUCCUUUAUUUGUAGAAACUUUAGUUUCCCAGCCUUCUUCUCCUCCUCCACCACCACCUCUGCCUCCCCUUCCUCGUUUUGCAUAUCUGAUUUCCGGGUCUAAGGGUGAUUUGCACAAGUUAUGGAGGGUGUUGCAGGCGGUGUAUCACCCGAGAAAUCAGUAUAUUGUUCACUUGGAUUUAGAGUCCCCAUUAGAGGAAAGAUUGAAGCUUGCUGCACAAAUUGAUAGUGAUCCAUUGUUUGUUAGUGUUGGGAAUGUACACAUGAUCACCAAAGCAAAUAUUGUGACAUAUAGAGGCCCUACCAUGGUUUCCACUACCCUUCAUGCUUGUGCCAUUCUUCUCAAGGAAUAUAAAGAUUGGGAUUGGUUUAUCAAUUUGAGUGCUUCUGAUUAUCCUCUUGUCACCCAAGAUGAUCUUAUAUAUACAUUUUCGAAGUUGGACAGGAAGCUGAACUUUAUUGAUCAUACUGGCAGGCUAGGCUGGAAGGAGAGUGGAAGGGCUAUGCCACUAAUGAUAGAUCCGGGGCUUUACUCCUCAACAAAAUCAGAUAUUUUUUGGGUUCAACCAAAGAGAAGUUUGCCUACAUCGUUUAAGUUGUUUACUGGUUCAGCGUGGAUGGUUCUUACACAUGAAUUUGUAGAAUACUUGAUUUUAGGAUGGGAUAACUUACCUAGAACCAUGCUUAUGUACUACACAAACUUUGUUUCCUCGCCUGAAGGCUACUUUCACACUGUUAUAUGCAAUGCACCGAAGUUUGCUAAAACAGUCGUUAAUCAUGAUCUUCACUAUAUUGCGUGGGAUAUGCCACCACAACAGCACCCGCACACUCUCACUAUGAAUGACAGCGAUAAGAUGAUCGCCAGUAAUGCUGCCUUUGCUCGGAAAUUUAGGCAAGAUGAUCCUUUAUUGGAUAGAAUAGAUCGAGAAUUUCUUGGGCGAGUAAAUGUGAGUGUUACUCCUGGCAAGUGGUGUGGUGGUAAGCCACGCUGCACAAAAGUUAAAAAUCCCGAUAAGGUAAAACCCGGCCCUGGAGCUCAAAGGCUUGAUGAACUUGUGUCGAGAAUAGUUUCGGCAGAAUCAUUUCUGGCAAGACAAUGUAAAUAGAUUUACCAUGGAACACAUUCUUACGGAAUGACACAAUGAACAAAGGGUGGCUUGUUUAACUAGUGUGUGCUCAAGUAUAUUUCGUGAAUCUUUGGGCACCGAUUUAAUUUUUUCGGGUUAGUUACUGUCUCUGCAGUGAUUACGCCAGAACCCAUAGCAGAUCGAGUUUCUUCACUUAUUUCGAGAGUUAGAAAGUUAUUAGGUUUUGUAGAUUACUGAAACAUACAUUUUGCUCUAUUUAGUGCUCUCACAAUGUAUGGUCUGAACAGUGUCACAUGAUUCACUAAUCUUCUCGCAAAUCGAAAGCGAAUUGUAGUCUGUUUUGAGCUAUUUUUGGGUCAUUCAAGCGAAUUGCGAAUUUAACUAGCGAAUUAUGUAACAUUGGAUCUGUAAUAAUCCUUUACAGUUUUGGUAUAUACUUCUAUGAUUUCCUUGAGAGUUGUUCUAAAGGUGGAAAGUAAUAUUCUUGUGCAGAAAAGUUUACAUUUUGCCAUGUUCUUUGUUUCUGUUCAUGUACAACUAAAGUGUUCAGAAACAGAUUACUAGAAAUCCAUUGUUUUCUGGAAGUUUAUUUAUUUAUUUGCAAAUGCAAUCUUGUGCUGUUACGGCAUCAUUGGCCUUUCAGAACCUACAUAAGGCAAGGCAUUGUCUCUAAUUUAUAAUUGUUUUCAGAUUUUAAUAUAAUUAUUUUUUUAAGAGUCAAGUAAAAUUGUUUUCUUUUUAAAAAGAAAUAUAUUAUAAUACUUUAUUAUUAAUGCUCUUUAUUUUGAUGGGUUUAUAAAUUAUAACGAACAAUAGUAAAAUGACUUAUUAAAUCAUGUGUACAAAUAUUGAUGUUGCAAUGGUAUUCAGUAUAACUGACAACAGUAAGAUUGUGAAUAUUAUGACUCUUUCAAAUCUCACAUCAUAGAUGGGAGCAUGUGAAAUGUUAUGAUUGUAUGUCGGCUUAAUAUUGAAUUAGUGAUUUUGAAGAUUAUGUGUUAUUGAUUUGCUUCUCGUUCCAUUAUUAUGAUUUUUAAUUUUUUUUAUGUAUUAGAGUUGUUCAAAUUUUAUUAAUAAUUAGGUUUAAAUUGGAUGGAUCCUUAAGGAUGUAUUAUUGAAAGAACAAAAUUGUUUGAUUGUGAUUGUAUUCCUUUGGUAUAUUUUAUAUACAAGAUUAUGAUAUCAAUCAUGUGUAAUAUCAUGCAUGAUAUUAAACCUAGGACCAUGUGACUAUGUGAAGAUAUACGGUCUAAAAUCUAUAAAAGAAGUAAUCAGAAUUCCCCCAACCCAUCUAACAGAUUUAAAGGUCUACAUCAAACUAGUGAGUUUUUAUUAAAAAAAGAAAUUGAUGUUUUCAUGUAAAAUUUGGAAAAAAAAUUAAUUUAUCCGUCUACAAGAUAAACUACCACCUAAAUUAGUACUCCCUCCGAUCUUUCAAUAUAGUCCCAUAUAGGUUGGGCACGGAUAUUAAGGGUUGUGUGGGGUCCAUGUAAAAGGUGGUAGUUGGGUAUUUUUAAGUAAGUGGAUUAAUUGUUAAUGAUUCCCUCUUUUUGAUUAAUAAAGUAUAUGGAAUGAAUUUUGGAGGGAAAAUUGGGUUUGACAUUGUUUGAGCUUUAAUAAUUGAAAUUAAUACAUUUCCGAAUUUUUUAUAAUUAAACAACCAUUAAACUAGUUAAUUUAAAUUACAGAAAAUUACAUCAAAUAAAUUACAAAAACCGUCAAAUUCAUAAAAUAAGCUAAGUCUUCAAUACUUCCUUGAUUUCUUCAACGUUUUUUGAACGGCAAUUGAAAACGAGCAACCCUCUCGCCACAUGCGCAUGUGGAUAUUAAAUCUUUCGUUGACUUCAGAUUUAUAAAA